UAGCAGAGUAAACGAAGGUUCUAUAAAUAACAAGGAAGAUGAAGGAGAUUGUUUCUCCUUCACUGUCAAUUAAUAUCUCAAGUCCUUUCCCUUUUUUCUUUUACAGAGGAGUGAGAGUGAGAGUCCAUUAGAGAGAUGGUGAAGGAAGCUGCAAGAAAGUGUUCUCACUGUGGUCAGAAUGGCCACAACUCAAGAACUUGCAAUUGGAAGGGAGGCGUAAAGUUGUUUGGAGUUCAUAUUUCGGAGAAAAACGAAGAACCCAUGAAGAAAAGCGUUAGCUUAGGCAAUCUUCAGUAUUUACAAGACAAAAGUGUUCAUAAUCAUGUGGAGGAUUAUGGUUAUGUCUCUGAUGGAUUUAUAAGUUCCAAGAGAGGCAAAGCAGCGCAGGAAAGGAAAAAGGGGAAGCCCUGGACUGAGGAGGAACAUCAAUCCUUUUUAGCUGGCUUGACAAAGCUCGGGAAAGGUGAUUGGAGAGGCAUUUCAAAAGAGUUUGUGACCACUAGGACCCCAACCCAGGUUGCUAGUCAUGCUCAAAAGUAUUUUCUGAGGAAGGCUUCAACUGAUAAGAAGAAGCGUAGAUCACGUCUUUUUGAUAUGGCACUCAAAGAAUCUGUUCUAGCAUCCCAGGAGCUCCCAAAUUUGCUUUCAAGCAGUUCAACACAGGUAAGCCCACAGGCACUAGAACCGGCGGGUACAUCUUCAGCCUCGCCAAUGAAGAACAGUGACAUUCCAUCACAUGAAGGAUACCCUGGCAAUGUACAGAGCUUGAUGAGCACUAGAACCAUGCAAUUUACAGCUGCAUCUUACGUCCAGAUGAUGAAUUAUAAUAAUAAAAGGCUAGCCUACCCUUAUCUGUCAAAGACGCGGAGCCCUGGAAGCUUUGCUAAUUGCGCACCCCCUACUACCCACCCUUCAGGGAUACCAAUGCCAAGAUCAUUCGAGCUCAGCUUUACGCAGGAAGGCCCAUCAACUGAACAUGUUGACUCUCAGGAGCUGGACCUUAAAAUUGGACCACCUCCUCAACCCCCACAAGGAGCACGUAUCUCACCCAACCCCCUGGAAACCAAUCCCCUUAGUGUCAUAUGAGAAAUUUUAGUUUUUGUUUCAGAACUUAGAAUAUAUAUUCAGCACAUGCAUGCAUGGAGUUGUAUACUAUGCCAAAAACGCCGUCCAUGUGAUUACUACC